GAGAUAACGUAACAAUGACGUCAUUAGUGAUCUGCAUAUUAUCUUUGUUUGUUUUUCUUCACGUUGCUCAGUGCCAUGUUCUUCGCAACCAGGAAGCGCUUGGUAGCUUCGAUUGGGACGAGGAAAAUCCCGAAGUUCGGCCGGAUUUUGAGGACGAAUUGCCCGCCGAGUCAUUCCAAAAUCUUCCUUCUAACAACGAGGAGCGGCGUCAGCAUUGGUCUUAUGCUUUAUCACCAGGAGGAAAGCGGCAACACUGGUCGCUUGCGUUGUCCCCAGGCGGUAAAAGACAACACUGGUCGAACCAACUUACCCCAGGCGGCAAAAGGGUGAUUCCCCGAAUGCGGGAGCAGAAGAAAGCGGAUUUUGAUGAAAUAAAUUAUACCAAGAUCUACAAUUUAUUACGGCAAUAUUUAGAGGCAGCGGCCGAAUACGAGAAAGGUGACUUCGGUCGCUACAAGGGAAAUCAACGCAAUCAACUUGAAACUAUAAAGGACGACAUUAUGACCGAAUGAAUCUAAAUGUGACGUCAUAUUCAAACCAUGGACACGCCAUUUGUAUUUUUGUUGGAAAUUCUUCACAAACUUCAACAUUUGUCAAAUUUAUGUUUCAAUUGUCGUUGUAUAUUAUGAGAGUAUCGUUUAUGGUACUGUGGGGUAAGAUGAAUACCGUAAGCACAUAAUGUCCCAUAUUUCCUGAUCGUGUUUUUAUUAAUUAACAACGCUAUUUUGGAGUCGUGGGGAAAAUGUUAUAUAAUUCUGUAAAUAUUCUUUGUUUACUACCAGAUGGGACAAUAUAUAAAAAUAAAAACUUGAACCACCUUACCCCAACUUACUUUAUGCCAUGUUAAUAAACAAACUACAAAAUGACGUAACAGUGUGUCAUGACG